AUGGCUGUGCUGAGGAACUUGGGUCUCUUAUUGGAUUCAGUCAAUGGUCAGCAUGCGUGGAAGAUAUCACCCAUGCCCCUUGCGCUACUCACGGGUGAUUUCCAGGUCGACACCCUCGUCCAGACCGCUCUGUACCCGCUUUCCAAUACUCAUCACUGCCUGUUCCAAUCUCGUCGGAUCGAAUUCCCCGCAACCCACAUGAAGAUGUACAGACCGCACUGCAGGAAAGACCUGCGACAAGGAAUCAAGCCGGCACUCAUGCAGAUCCGCAACGAGGCUCUCAGCUUCUCUUAA